AUGGCUACUAAUUGUGACAACGUUAUCGACUUGAGUCCUGCGAAAACUACAUGGAAAAUCAAGGUCAAGAUUAUUCGUCUAUGGAGACAAUACUCUGCAGGCGAUAUUGACAGUAUUGAGAUGGUGUUAAUUGAUUCAAAUGGGGAUACGAUUCAAGCAACUCUGAAUGAGGUUCUGGUUCCGAUCUUUGAACCUUUUCUCGAACAAGAUGAUUCGAAGAUACUCAUCAUUUUUUCGCUGACUCCAGCAUGUGGCUCCUAUCGAUUAACCAAGCAUCCUUACAAAAUUUCGUUCAUAGCCACCACUCGGAUUCGACUUUGUGACGAUUUGCCGUACAGAUUGACUGGUUUCACCCCUGUUAAUUUUCGGGAAAUCUUAGACGGAACUCUCAGUCCUGAAUACUUGAUCGAUAUUAUGGGUCAGAUUGUAGAGGUAUCUCAUGUUGAAAUCGUAUCUCUCAAUGGGAAGGACACGGAAAAGAUUUCAUUACUCUUAAAAAAUGAAGCAGAUGUUAGGCUGCCAUUGGUUGUAUGGGGAAAGGUUGCACUGGAUCUAAGCGAAGCAAUUCAACUUCUAUCUGAUAGAACUCUCAUUUGUGUUAUGAAGUUUGGGAAAAUCAAAGUAUGGAAAGAGGAAGAAGACUACUUCGUGAAAACGCCACAGAAAACAAUAUCUGAUAUUUUGGAGACAAGAAAGGUUGAGAGGUGCUAUGUGAGGUGCCCUAUAGCUGCAAUUGAAAAUGAUAUGGGUUGGUACUAUAUUACUUGCAAAGUGUGUGGUACAAAGCUAGAUAUGUUGCAUAAUAACUUUCACCCAGGAGGAACCUAUGAACUGGAUGUUCGUUGUAUGCUAUACUGUACUAAGUGCAAAAUGCUUAAUCCUAAGCUCAAGCUAAGGUACAAGUUGCAUUUGGUAGUAUUAGAUAAUACAGGCCACACCAAGUUGUUGGUUUUAGAUAAUAUUGCCCUUCAAUUGCUCCAUCAGCCUUGCUUUAAUCCAACGACACAUAUCACAAGUGAAAUCAUGGAACCCAAUGUUUUGCGCAGCGCUCUGAAGAAUUUAGUUGGUAAAACGUAUUUGUUUAAGAUCAUUAUAGAUACUACCAAUUAUCAGUGCGAGGACGACACGUUCAAGGUUCAGAAGAUUAUCACCAGCCCAUAUAUGCUAAACGAGUUUGACGUGUCCUCAUAUCCUAAGGGAGGUUCGAAUACGUUUUACCCUGAUUUUUCUCAUCGGUUCGAAGAGCAAGAGGGUGGUGUGCUGGUAACCGAAAGUUCUUCUGUUGACUCUCCACCUAAUGUGAAGCCUCCUGUUAAACGUGAAGGAUCCCCAAUCGAAAAAAUAGAGCCAGCCUUUUACCAGAUUUCUGCUAACAAUCAAUCUCCAUUGGUAACUAUCAAGAAAGCGAAGACUGAAAAAAGUGGCUGA